CCAUCCAGCAUCCACACCAACAUGAACUCAAAGGUCCUUCUUCUCGUGACUCUCGUGGCUGUGGCUGCCGCUGACAGGCGCCCCUACUCGUACUCCGCCCCCGAGUUUUCCUCUGAGGAAUUCGGCCCCGCCAACUACAACUUCGACUGGGCGGUCCAGCACAGCGACUCCGGCAACAACUUCGGCCACCAGGAGGCCCGCGACGGCCACGACACCCAAGGAUCCUACUACGUGCAGCUCCCCGACGGCCGCCUGCAGACCGUCAGGUUCACUGUCCAAGGAGACUCAGGAUUCCUCCCUGAGCCAUCCAGCAUCCACACCAACAUGAACUCAAAGGUCCUCCUUCUCGUGACUCUCGUGGCUGUCGCCGCCGCUGACAGGCGACCCUACUCCUACUCCGCCCCCGAGUUCUCUUCCGAGGAAUUCGGCCCCGCCAACUACAACUUCGACUGGGCGGUCCAGCACAGCGACUCCGGCAACAACUUCGGCCACCAGGAGGCCCGCGACGGCCACGACACCCAAGGAUCCUACUACGUGCAGCUCCCCGACGGCCGCCUGCAGACCGUCAGGUUCACUGUCCAAGGAGACUCAGGAUUCGUGCCCGAAAUCUCGUACGAAGGAGAGGCUCGUUACCCUGACUCCUUCGAAUCCUUCGAGUCCUUCGAGUCGUUCGAGUCUCGUGAAUCUCGUGGCUACGCCCCUCCAAGGCCCGUGUAUGGUUGAAGUUAAAGAAAAUAGGACCCUCUUCGGCUACCGUCACCCUAUCUUAUUUUACAUAAUUAUUUGAAUAUUUUCUAUAAAUAAAUCAUGUGAAUAAAACUGGUGUAUAUGUUA